UUCGUUUCCACUCUCAUACGGAACGAGCCCCUACUCAAUAUUUACGUGUACCAAACAAACCUGGUGGGGAGUGGCAAACGAAAACGUUUGCAUUUUCAACGGCAAGACGAAGGUAGUACCGUGACCGUCUCAACCCCCCGCCCCUGCGCACCAAAUCCCAGACGCUGAAGCCUGAAGGGAGGCUCGAGUCCCCCACCCGAGCGCAUACGUUUUCUAUUCCGUCGCUUAGGACACGUCAGACUUGAGAAAUCUCACUGCCUCACAGAGAUGCGUUGCGUCAUAACUUGUGAGUCCCUUAUCUUAGAGACACGUAGCCUUCGGGCCUUUUAGCGAUCGAAUCUCUGCUACGGAAGCCAGUCUUGACAGCGAAGCCUAAGAAUUAAGAAGUGUAGUGAAUCACUAAACCGAAGAGGAUUUAUCUAAAGAAGUGUUUGAUAAUACCUGGAGAAAUUUGAUCAAUUUAUUCCACUUAGAUAUUCGCUUGAAACUUAUGGUUUGUGAUUAUUUUGAAGAACGCAACGGUACCUGUAACCAUGUGUUGCAAAUCGAUAUUGUCACCCAGGUUGAUGGCCUGGAAGUUUUUUACAAUUGCAUUUGUCUGCAUAGUGACUGUAAGUUGUGGCGAUGUGUCUGAGUGGCACCAACAGCAAGAUGAGACUAGAGAUGGGCUUUUCUUACCUGGUGAGUCAACGAAGGGUGUUGAAAUUCUGCAGCAGGCAGCUAGUCAAGGGAACACAGAUGCAGAAAGUGACCUAACCUUAGCUCGUCUCUUGGGUAUUGGGCUUACUCAAGACAUUGAAUGGGCAGCAAAAUCCUCACUCGCCCUUUUGGAUUCAGGAGGUGCACGUGCCCAUACAACACAAGGCCUAUUAUUAUCUCACAAUUUAACAGGAAAAGAAUUAACGGACGAAGAAAGAAGGACCCAAGCCUUAUCUCAUUACUUAGUGGCAGCCAUCAAUAAAGAUCCUUUGGCUCAGAUUAUUGUAGCAAGACAUUACAUCAAUAAAGGAGAUUGUGAAGCAGCACUACAGUACUUACGUAAAGCUGCAGUUAGCGUUGUUCCUUCAACUAGUGAGGAAGUGAGAGCAAAUAUUCCUGUUCGGUAUGUGUGGCCAGAAGAUGACACUAUGUCUCUAAUAAACCAGCUACCUACCCUGGAUGAGUUGCAGUUUAUGGAAUAUUUAGCUCAAAAUGGAGAUGUAGAUGCAGCUCUUAGAGCAGCCAUUGUUCUUGUUACCCCAAUUCCCGGCCUAAAAUAUGACCCUGAGCUUGCUGUUCUUUAUCUGAGACAAGCUGUUGAAGCAAACAGCACCUCUGCCAAAGUAAUGUUAGCUGCAGUGCAUCUACACAAAUCUCUUCAACCUGAUAAAAAUGAUACUCUUGAACUUCUCCAAGAGGCCCUUGCACAGGGAGACGUGACAGCACACACUUAUUUGGGUCUGUUGUACCUUGAAGGGUUCCAAGAUGUUCCAAGGAAUCUCAGAAAAGCCAAGUUUCAUCUGGAAGAAGGUGUGAAGAUUGGAAGUGUAGAAGCUUUCUAUUUACUUGGGAAGCUUUACAACACUCCUGAGGGUCCAGGAAAUCCUAUUGAUGCCGUACAUCUUUGGGAAGUUGCAGCUGCUUUUGGUCAUGUCCCAUCUGCAUUCAAGGUGGCUGAAAGCUACAACAAGAAGCUACAAGUUGCUGCGCUCACAACUGUUACACCAGAUGGGACUUCGGCCUUAAUAAACAAACUCUGUGAAGAUACAUUGCCUCUCUACCGGCUGGUAGCUUUAUCUGGCAAAUGGCGGAACCUUCAUCACUUAGCUUUUGAUGAUUACACACAAGGACAUACUUCAUCAGCAUUGAUGAAAUAUCUACUACUCUCUGACCUCGGAUACAAUGCUGCACACAUCAAUGCAGGCAGAAUCCUGGACAGUGAACGCAGCACCCUCUAUGAUGACGAUGAGGCAGCUACCAACGAGAUUGUGAAAAUCUGGAAGAGAGCUGCUGAUGCAGGAAUUGCUUUAGGGUAUCUACGUUUAGGUGACCUCUUCUACUACGGUGAUGGUGUUUCAAAGAACUUGACAGCAGCCGCGGAGCACUACAGCAGUGCAGCUCAACUUGGUAAUGCACAUGGCAUGUUUAGUGCAGCUCAGGCUGUCGAGUGGGGGGAAGGCACCGCGCAGAACUUAGAAAAAGCCAGGGAACUGUACGAAGUGAUCCUGGAUGCCCAUUCGGAGGCUCUUGUGCCAGUGACCCUUGCUCUGUACAGAAUGGAAGUUCUCAUAGCCCUCAGCAGGUUCUUUAACACAAACUUAUAUUUCCAUCCUCUCUUGCAACACCCUGGUCAAUAUCUUUAUACUUUUGUACCCCCGUGGGACAUAUCCAUCAUGAUUGGUCUGAGUGUUUUUAUAACGGUUAUGGUAAAAUAUCGUGUUAGACGGUAAGCACAUAAAAAUGUAAAAACAAAGAAAAACACAGAUGGGUAUAAUGAAUAAUAAUGUAUAUGUGUAAACCAAUAAUUACAAUGCAUUGUUACUUGUUCGCAUCCUCAUCUGUGAGCGCGCUCAUCCAAGGGGUACCUCAUAACAAAUUUAAACUGCUGUAAAGUUAGGUUAUUCAGUAACAUUUUGUUCUAUGAUGGCUGCUAGGAAAAUAUUUGUGGAAUUAGUUUUCCCCAUAGUUAUUUCAAGUUAUGGAAUCCAGGUUUUACUGAAUUCGUAACAUCAUUUUCAUGUAGAUGAGGUAGGAGUCUUCCUUUGCCUAGUGUGAAAAUUUUUUGCAUACGUAUGCACACUUUAACUCAAGGUGAAAAGCAUUGGUUCAUUUAUCAGUGACGCUUUGUAUGUUCUUCGGCAUAUUAUGAGAAAAUUGCACCACUCAAUAAUUAUAUAAAAUAAAUCCUCUUCCGAAACAUGAAUACACAAUGCUUGUAAUAUCUUUACUUAUA